AUGGCACUAUGGUGGCCAACUCCGAUCAAGCAAAAGGGGAAGCAACAAAAGGAAAUUCUGGUACCACAAAAAGAGCCAGCCGACCCAGGAUUCCACCAAGAAGCAACAAGUAGUGGCGGUUCGUGCUGCCAACACCCCCGCCGCUCCAACAUGCUGAGGCAGUAUGCUGGAAACCUCCCCAAAUGUAACAAGUGCAACUUUCACCAUGCCGGCUCUUGUCGCGAGAUGCACUGCAGCAACUGCAACAAGAAAGGGCAUACUGCUCGUUUCUGCUGGGUGCCAGCCCAACAAGCCACCCCGGAUGCCAAUGUCGGGGCAAGCCGAGCCUGCUACGGCUGUGGGGAGACCGAGAACUACAAAAGAGACUACCUAAAGGCGAGAAACGCAAAUGCCGGCGGUGUUGGAAGGGUCUUGGUAUUAGGGAACAGGGAAACGAUGGAAGAUCCCAUGGUGGUUAUUGAUACAUACAUCAUAGAAAUGGAAAAUGGAAAGGCAAAAAGAACUAACAAUAUAUACACAAGGUGUACCCUCACUCUAGACAACCAUUCAUGCAAAAUCAAUCUAAUGCUUGUUUCAAUAAAAAGCUUUGAUGUCAUCAUUGGCAUGGAUUGGUUAAGUUAUAAUCGUGCCGACAUUCUGUUUUAUGAAAGGGUCGUUCGCCUUAAUCUGUCAAGUGGAAAAACUCUCAUCAUUUAUGGCGAAAAACCUAGUCCAAACCUACAAAUCAUCUCUUGCGUCAAAGCCAAAAGUAUCCCCGCAAGGAAUACCAUGCCUUCUUAUAUCAUGUAG